GGCCACCAAACUCACCACAACUCGCCACCCAGGAUGAGUUCGAAUACAAAAGACUCUUCCAAAGGGCACGGAAAGAACAAGCCGUCACUAACAAAAGCAUCACGGCCACGCUCCUCCACCAAAGGUCCUCUCGAUGUUGAAGAUGACCCGUUAUCAUCACCCGCUAGCUCAGCGCCCAUGAGCCCUUCUCCCGCACAGCUCAGCCCUAACCCAAACAGCACCAUCCGACGAUCCACCUCCAAACCACUUCCCCAAGAUCCGUCGUCUCCCAUUGCCAACAUUGGCGAAAACAGACAAAAUGACUUUUCUUUCCUUCUCCGCCCAGAGAUCUACCACCCCCUGACGCCACUAAACGUCCCGCAAGCCUUUCGGACGUCAGCGAAACAGCCAAACCCAAACUCAUCGCCAGAGGAGCUGCUGGCAAAGGGCCAUUUCCGAGCUGCCGCUAUCGCUGCCGUUCAAGAGCUAACGGGAUCAAGUGCGGUAGGCGGCCUGGAUCCCCGCAACUCGAAGCGCAUCUUUGACUUGCUCUACGUACGCCUGGCAUGCCUCACCCUGAUAGAGGCAACGCCGCUGGCUGCACAAGAAGUCAAGGCACUGGAGGAUUUGAACAGUGUACGAACCUAUGUCGAUGAGGCGACAGGCGAGCAUCUUGUCCCAUGGGAGCUGCGCGUGCUCAACGUGCGUCUGCAAGCCCUGGGCUUUGGUGACCCAAGACGCGCCGUCAUGAGCUACCACGACCUGGCAAGGGAAGCUCGGCAACAGGUAACCAAGGCAGCUGGCAAGCACGACAACUCGGCCACUGAGCUGUGGAAAGUCCGCCUUCAUGAUCUAGGCAUCAAGGUGGCUAGCGCUCUGAUUGGUAUGGAUGAUUUGUCAGGCGCUGCGCACCACCUCAAGACGCUUCGUAGCCGUGGUGACGGCAAGCUGGAGCUUUCCAAGGCGCUCUUGUGGCUGCAUUUGGGCAGUUCUGACAAUGCAAGGGAAUGCGCGGAGCGAUGCACAGACAAUAAGAUGACAGAAGAGAUUAUCCAAGCUCUGUGCGAUAUGGCCGAGGCGGAAUACGAGCUCGCACUGAGCCGUUGGCGAGAUUUAUUGGAUAACAGCGGCAAAGGCGACGAGAUGAUUAGUGUAAAUGCGGCCGUUUGCUUGCUAUAUCUGGGACGCAUACAAGAGGGACGGGAUCUGCUGGAACAACUGGUCGACUCGGGACUCUCGUCUCACACACUCUUGUUUAACUUGUGCACAAUGUACGAACUUUGCACAGAGAAGAAUAAGGUUCUCAAGGUCAAGCUAACAGAAAAGGUGGCGGGAUUGCAAGAGUCGCCGCUGGGAUGGGAGAAGACAAAUGCAGACUUCAAACUGUAGGGGUAUUAAGCGUAUAAAAAGGGCGGGCAAUAGACUAUAUGUACAUGUUUGUCGUUUUACAAUUCAUCCUUUUCAACCUUCUCCUCGGUCUUUCCCUCAACCCUCUCCUGAGUCUCCUCGCCCGCCGCUUCGUCUGUUUUGUCGUCCGUUGCGGCAUCCUCGGCGUCUUCUGCCUCUGGUACAGCCGUCUCCUCGAUAUAUUGAACAGGGCAGUCUGUUGUCGGCGUGGGCACUUCGGACUGUGUAAAUCCACAUUCCUUGCUCUUGUGCAGCGUGCUCAUAAUGUUGGAUGCCCAUGAGUUGAUGUCCUUGGAGAAGCUAUCAAUCUCGCUCUUGAGACGGACAGGUGCCGUCAUGGGGCAUUGGCCAUCGAUUUGUCCAGCGGAGAGGGCGUCGAUAAAGUCGGGAGCAGGUGUCGGGAUGAUUUCCAUGGCCUGGAUGAGGAGGUUUGCACAGCCCUCGUCCUGGGCUUCUGUUCCGGCGGCGACCUGCGCUGCGUGGUGCUCUUCGAUGAUGGAGCCCAUGAGGAGGUUGUAUUCAAAGGCGGUGACGGCGCCGGCCAAUGCGGCGGCGAGGAGAGUGGCGCGCAUUGUCCCGGUAUUGGUCGAGAGAAUUGACUGUAGCAAGGUGUGCGAUGAUGAUGUGAAGGCGAGGAAAUUGGGAAUGUGAGAAGAAGACAACGAGACCUGGUCUUGUGCUGCUGUGGGGGGUUUGAGGGGCAGCUCUCUUUUUUUCAGCGGGGCGGCGUGAGGGGUUUAGCGGGAGAGCUACAGGGGGUGGUGCAGGUGCUGUUAGUGGGCGACAGGGGAUGGAUUUAGGGCGUGGCUGGGGAUGCUGCUGAGGUGUUGCAAGGGAGAUUGCUGCAGGAGAUGUGUAAUACAAAUAAAAUAAUAAAAAUUCUUAAAGAGGAUAUGCAUG